AACAGUGGGGUCGGUUCUGGGCCCGGUCAGGGCAAGGAUUCCUGGGUUCUCUAGUGCCUUGGCGACAGUUUCUUUUCAUUACUCUGUGGAGAAGGGUGAUGACAACUCUAUUUCUAGAAGAGCUUUGGUGGGGGAAAGAUCCUGUUUGCAUCUAGAGACAAAUUAAAAAAAGAGGCCAGGAUAGGGAUUGUACAAAGAUAGGGACGGGCAUUGUUCUUAACUUGAAUUAGAGGAAAUGGCCCAGAGAAGCACCCUAAGGAAUCAAAGUUGGGCUUAAAAACUGGAGCUCUUCGGCAGUCUCGCAUAGGAUUAUGUGGCACAGUCUGUCUCGGUUGAAGACUUCACCAGUAUUCUAUAAUGACAGAAUCGGAGAAGCAAGAGGAGCCAGGAGAGAAAUGUUAGGAACAGGUUUAGAAAGUCCAGGAGUCAAAACGCAACUGGAGCAAGGAGACAGAAGGGAAAUGACACCCCACCCCCACCCCAGCCGCUUAGUUCCUUUGAUGUCAUACUUCCUCUAUUUAUAUUCUGAAAAAUAAACUUAAGUGGUGUCUUUUCCUUAAGCUGGGGAGGGGGAUUUCACAUUAGAACGAUCUCAUCAUUUGUAUGAGGACAGAUUGGUCCUUAGGAGGAUGCCUAAGCAAAGGAAUCCUACGAUAGGAUCAGAUCUGGAAAACUGUUUUUGAGAGUGUAAUCAAAGCAGCUACAAACUACAGAAAUUGUCUGAAGAAAACCAGGCUUCCCUGGAGUGGUUUUUUUAAUUUUCUACAUGUGUGCCACUCAUACAGAGGAUGUCUUACACUUCUUUUUUCCCAGGAAAUUCUGGAAAGAAACUGAGAAACAGCGCCGGUGCACGACCCAGGAUGGAUGUCCUCUUCGUAGCCUUCCUUGCGGUACCCCUCAUCCUGGGACAGGAAUACGAGGAUGAAGAAGAGCUGGAAGAGGGUGAUUACUAUCAAGUGGCAUAUUAUUAUUACACAGUUACCCCUAAUUAUGAUGACUUUAGUGUAAACUUCACUGUUGAUUACUCCAUGUUUGAGUCGGAGGACCGGUUGAGCAGGCUGCAGAAGGAGGUGACAACAGAGGCCGUAGAGACCACCAUCAGUCUUCAGACAGAACCUGUGGACCAGCAGAACCCUGUAACAACGAGACCAGCGAGACCAGCGAGACCAACGAGACCAACGAGACCAACGAGACCAGCGACAACAGAGCCACAGAGUCCAGAUCAGAACGAUGCUGUGUCCAGUCUGCAGAGUGCUGUGUCCUGUCUUCUCUUAUGGACCCUCCUUCAAGGGGGGAUGCAUCUUAUGUAGAAGGUGAGAGAAGGCUGCUACGACUCUUCAGACUAGACUUUGGCAAGAAGUUGGAUGAAAAAUAAAGUUUAAAAAAAGUCUA